ACGCGCUUGCUUCCUCCCAACACCGUCCUCCUCCGCUAGCCCAUCACCGCUGUCGGCGGCGCUCAGCCAUGAGCCUCUGUCGACUCCGGUCGUCUGCCCUCGCUGGCAUUGGUCGACAAUGGACGCGCACAUUCCACACCACGCGUGCAGCCCGCGCUAUCGUGCCCACCAAGCCCGUCCGCGCGGUCGCAGCACCCGCGGUCGGUAACUACACUCCCGAGGACGGCGACGGACACGUACUCAACUCACCCUCCGAGCUCGCGCGCAAGAUAUCCGCGAAGGUCCUGCCCAAGCUCCCGCGCCCGGACGUGAAGAAGGUGCUCGUCGUCGGCUCUGGCGGUCUCAGUAUCGGCCAGGCGGGCGAGUUCGACUACUCGGGGUCCCAGGCGCUCAAGGCGCUCAGCGAGGAGGGCAUCGAGGCUAUCCUCAUCAACCCGAACAUUGCGACAUGGCAGACCUCGCACCAGUUGGCUUCCCAGGUUUACUUCCUCCCCAUCACUGCGGACUACGUCGCAUACGUGCUGGAGAAGGAGCGUCCGGACGGUAUCCUGCUCACCUUCGGUGGACAGAGCGCGCUCAACGUCGGCAUUGCGCUCGAUCAUAUGGGUGUCCUCGAACGGCUCGGUGUUCAGGUUCUCGGUACUCCCAUUCGGACACUGGAGGUUUCGGAGGAUCGCGACCUCUUCGUGCAGGCUUUGAAGGAAAUUGACAUCCCGGUCGCCCAGUCUACGGCUGUCUCGUCGGUCAACGCUGCCCUGCAGGCCGCGGAGACCAUCGGCUACCCCGUCAUCCUUCGCUCGGCAUUCACUCUCGGUGGUCUCGGCUCUGGCUUCGCGGAAAACCCGGACGAACUGCGCGAUCUCUCGGCCAAGUCGCUCUCGCUAUCCCCUCAGGUGCUCAUUGAGCGCAGCAUGAAGGGGUGGAAGGAGCUCGAGUACGAGGUCGUUCGCGACGGUGCGGAUAACACGAUCAUCUGCUGCAACAUGGAGAAUUUCGACCCCCUCGGCACGCACACGGGUGACUCUAUCGUAGUUGCUCCGUCGCAGACAUUACCGGACGAUGAGUACCAUAUGCUCCGGAGCGCGGCGAUCAAGACCAUUCGUCAUCUCGGUGUCGUCGGCGAGUGCAACAUCCAGUACGCGCUGCACCCCUCGUCCAAGGAAUACUGCGUCAUUGAGGUCAAUGCUCGUUUGAGUCGCUCCAGCGCUCUCGCGUCCAAAGCUACCGGUUACCCCCUCGCCUACACCGCCGCGAAGAUCGCCCUCGGGCACACCCUCCCCGAGCUCCCCAACGCGGUCACCAAGACCACCACGGCCUGCUUCGAGCCCUCCCUCGACUACAUCGUCACCAAGAUCCCGAAGUGGGACCUGGCGAAGUUCUCUACCCAGGUCGAUCGCCACGUCGGCUCGGCGAUGAAGUCCGUCGGCGAGGUCAUGGCCAUCGGGCGCACGUUCGAGGAGUCGCUGCAGAAGGCCAUCCGCCAGGUCGACCCGCGGUGGAAGGGCUUCGAGGCGUACAUUGAGCCGGAGGAUUUGGACGAUGUCUUGAGCCGCCCGACGGAUAUGAGGUUAUUCGCGGUGGCGUAUGCGAUGUACAACAAGGGCUACUCGGUCGACAAGGUUCAUGAUCUUACGAAGAUUGACAAGUGGUACCUCUACAAGAUCGACAACAUCGUCCAGACGCACCGCCAGCUCAAGGCUCUCGGCUCCGUCGAGAAGAUCGACGAGGAACUCAUGAAGCACGCCAAGAAGAUGGGCUUCUCCGACUCUCAGAUCGCCGACCUCGUCAACUCGACCGAGGACGUCGUCCGCGCGCACCGCAAGUCGCUCUCCGUCACACCCUUCGUCAAGCGCAUCGACACGCUCGCGGCCGAGUUCCCCGCGCACACGAACUACCUGUACACGACGUACAACGCGCAGACGCACGACGUCGAGUUUGACGAGCACGGCACGAUGGUUCUGGGCAGCGGCGUGUACCGCAUUGGCUCGAGUGUCGAGUUCGACUGGUGUGCGGUGACGUGUGCGCGGCGGUUGAGGGAUAUGGGCAACAAGACGAUCAUGAUCAACUACAACCCGGAGACGGUGUCGACGGACUUUGAUGAGGCGGAUCGGCUGUACUUCGAGGAGCUCGGCUUUGAGAGGGUCAUGGAUAUCUACGAGCUGGAGCAGGCGCAGGGCGCGGUGGUCAGCGUGGGCGGCCAACUCCCGCAGAACAUCGCCCUGCGCUUGAAGCAGAACAAUGUCAACGUCCUCGGCACGGAUCCGCAGCAGAUCGACAACGCCGAGGACCGCCACAAGUUCUCCGCGGUCAUCGACAGCAUCGGCCUGGAUCAACCCGCCUGGACUGAAGCGACCUCCCUCGAGGAUGCCAAGGCCUUCGCCGACCGCGUCGGCUACCCCGUCCUCAUCCGCCCGUCCUACGUCCUCUCUGGUGCCGCCAUGAAUGUCGUCCGCGAGGAGGCCCAGCUCGAGUACAACCUCUCCGCCGCGGCCUCCGUCUCGCCCCUCCACCCGGUCGUCAUCACCAAGUUCAUCGACGGCGCGCAGGAGAUCGACAUUGACGCGGUCGCGCACAACGGGAAGCUUCUCGUGCACGCCGUCUCCGAGCACGUCGAGAACGCGGGCGUGCACUCGGGCGACGCGACGCUCGUGCUGCCGCCGUUUUCGAUCCCGCCGCGGGAUAUGGAGCGCUUGAAGGACAUCGCGGAGCGUGUCGGGGCGGCGUUCGAGAUCUCGGGACCGUACAAUAUGCAGGUCAUCCGCGAGCCGCCGGCGAAGGAGGGCGAGGACGCUGCGCUGCGCAUCAUCGAGUGCAACCUGCGCGCGUCGCGGUCUUUCCCCUUCGUGAGCAAGGUCCUCGGGCACAACUUCAUCGACACGGCAACCUCGGCGAUCGUUGGGCAAAACGUGCCGGAGCCGGUCGACUUGAUGAAGGAGAAGCGGGAUUACUGCGCGGUCAAGGUCUCGCAGUUCUCGUGGACGCGUCUGCCUGGCGCGGAUCCCUUCUUGGGUGUCGAGAUGGCCAGCACGGGCGAGGUCGCCAGCUUCGGCAAGGACAUCUACGAGGCGUACUGGGCGUCGCUGCUCAGCACCACCGGCUUCAAGGUCCCCUCGAAGAACUCCGGCGUCCUCCUCGGCGGCGACAUCGAGCGCCCCGAGAUGGAGCACAUCGCGAAGCGCCUGACGGAGCUCGGCUUCAAGCUGUACUGCUCGUCGCCGGAGGUCGAGGACUACCUGAACAACAUCCCCUACGUGACGGCCAAGAAGAUCUUCUUCCCGAAGAAGGACAAGCGGAAGCUGCGCGAGGUGUUCGAUCAGUACGAUAUCCAGUGCGUUAUCAACCUGGCGCAGGCCAGGGCGACGACGUUCGUGGAUGAGGAUUAUGUGGCGCGUCGGAACGCCGUCGAUUUCGGCCUUCCGCUCCUCAACAAUGCGCGCACCGCCGAGCUCUGGGUGGAGAGCCUGGCGCGCAAAAUUCCCGAGGGCGGCCUCAACAAAUACGACGAGGGCCGCAUCCCGAGCGAGGUCAAGUCGUGGGCAGAGUGGGUCGGGAGACGAGCAUAGAGAGGGGGGAUCUAGGAUACGUAUAACCAUCUAAUUGGCCAGCCGCAAAAGGAAUCAGCCAACGUCGCAUUCCAUUGUAUACUAUUGCACCCUUUUUUGUCACCAGCACUACUACUAGUGCUCGUCCCUAGCGGCGGGGACGUUACCUUGAAUUCACUGACUGAUAGAGGA